GCGUCUGCGCUUGCGCCAUUUCCGCCAGCCCCGAGGGCCGCCUCCCUUCCCGCCUCCCCCCUCGGAGCGUCCCAAGCCCAGGCCUCGGCCCACCGCUCCGAGGGUCCUGGGGGCGGGGAGCAGGUCCGAUGAGCGGCCCCUCCCCGCAGGCCCCCGAGGAAGGAUCCUCUACGUCUGUCUGCCGGCCCAAGAGUUCCAUGGCCUCUGCUUCCCGCCGGCAACGCCGAGAGCGACGCUUCCGGCGGUACUUGUCUGCAGGACGGCUGGUGCGAGCCCAGGCUCUCCUCCAGCGGCAUCCCGGCCUCGAUGUGGAUGCCGGGCAGCCCCCUCCUCUCCACAGGGCCUGUGCCCGCCACGAUGCCCCGGCCCUGUGCCUGCUGCUGCGUCUCGGGGCUGACCCUGCCCACCAGGACCGCCAUGGCGACACGGCGCUGCACGCUGCCGCCCGCCAGGGCCCUGAUGCUUACACGGACUUCUUCCUGCCACUGCUCAGUCGCUGCCCCUCUGCCAUGGGGAUAAAGAAUAAGGAUGGGGAGACUCCUGGGCAGAUUCUGGGCUGGGGACCCCCCUGGGAUUCUGCUGAAGAGGAAGAGGAUGAUGAGAUCUCCAAGGAGCGAGAGUGGCGGCAGAAGCUGCAGGGCGAGCUGGAGGAUGAGUGGCAGGAGGUCAUCGGGAGGUUUGAAGAUGAUGCUUCUCAUGAGACGCAGGAGCCCGAGUCCUUCUCAGCCUGGUCAGAUCGCCUGGCUCGAGAGCACGCCCAGAAACGGCGGCAGCAGUUGGGGGCAGAGAGAUCCUGCCGACCCCCAAGGGCUGGGGGCUCCAGUCACAGCUGGCGUCAGCAAGAGGAGGAACAGCGGCUUUUCCGAGAGCGAGCCCGGGCCAAGGAGGAGGAACUGCGUGAGAGCCGAGCCAGAAGGGCUCAAGAGGCUCAAAGGGACAGAGGGACAGAGCCUCCCAGGCCUGGGCCCAGGGCCGAGCACCCACGAGGGGCAGGGCGGGGCAGCCUCUGGCGCUUUGGUGAUGUGCCCUGGCCCUGCCCUGGUGGAGGGGACCCAGAGGCCAUGGCUGCAGCCUUGGUGGCCAGGGGUCCCCCUCUGGAGGAACAGGGGGCUCUGAGGAGGUACUUGAGAGUCCAGCAGGUCCGAUGGCACCCUGACCGCUUCCUGCAGCGAUUCCGAAGCCAGAUUGAGACCUGUGAGCUGGGCCGUGUGAUGGGAGCCGUGACAGCCCUCUCUCAGGCCCUGAACCGCCAUGCAGAAGCCCUCAAGUGACCCUAGGGGAUGAGCAAGAACCUGUGAGACUGUAGCCUCGAGGACAGGCAGGAAGAGGCGCAAGGUCAUGGAUGGGGAUGGACAAGAGGCCGCUACUGCACAGAGAGGAUAUGGGGCAGGCUCACGUAAUGGAUGCGGGGGUGGGGGGAGGGAGGCUCUACCACCACCGCUCUUGACUGCCAUUUCCUAAUAAGACCUGGUUCCACAUCUCA